UCGUCGCCGGAGGUGAGCGUGGAUACAGAAGCGAUUCAAUACCGGUGCGUUAGUGUGCGUAGGAAGGGAAAUUAUUUGCUUUCUAAGGUAUUGAGUCUUUUAGAGGCAUGGAUACUCCGAAGAACCAACAGGAGAGGCAGACUUCAUCGGCUGGUACAGCCUCACCUGUUCCCUCGUGUCGAAAGAAGAAGAAUGAGCAAGCUACUUUUUGGGAAGAUGUGAAGGAUCACAUUGAUGAGUUUGUCAAUGCUUCUAUGGAAGAACACAAGACUUGCUUUCAGAAAACCAUUCAAAAGAUGUUUGGUUUGUCCAAAGUUGUUGCACAAAGGAACUCUGAUGCUGCCAAAGAAGUUGAAAGCUCUCUGCCUCUUCAGACAACCGUCCAAGAGUAAAAUCCAAGACUUUUGACCCUUUCGUUUGGACUAUAUAUAAAUAUCCUACUUCUGGACAAAUUAGAAACAAAUAAUCGUUAAACUUUAAUUAUAAGUUGGAGAGAUUAUAUUAAAAGAAUUCAUAGAGAGCAAUACUAUUCAUUAGACAUGAGUGGUACCAUUCAUUUUUAGACUUUAUGCAAUGUAUAAGUCUCUUAA